GGGGCAGCGUAAAAGUCGGUUGAUAAGCCGGCAACCAGCAACCUGCGUCUGUCGAGACCCCAUAUUUGAUUGCGCGCGCGCUCUCUUUCUCUGGAUAUUAACGAGUAAGUGAUAACUGAUGGAGGGUUCUUCGCGAGAGAAGCUUUUGCGAAAGCGAAUCGCAUCGGCGGUUCGGGAGAAAUCAUGCCCCAUCUGUCUGAACCCCGUCGAAGAUCGCAGAGCGGCAGUUCUCAGUGGCUGCAUGCACGCCUACUGUACUGACUGUAUCCGAAGAUGGAGCCAAUUCAAGCGAACUUGUCCCCUCUGUAACUCUAACUUUUCUUCAUGGUUCUCCAAGAUUAGGGUUUCGUCUGGGUCGUUCCAAGUCGAGCGCCUCCGAGAUCUUGACAGGAAUAGAGAAGGCCAUCUCAGAGGUGUAAGAGGCAGGUCGGUGUUUCGAAGAAGAGACACCGAGCGGUUCAAUACGAGGCGGGGGCAGUUGCCGUGGCGUCGAAGGUUUGGGAGGUCGGGAUCCGUGGGUUCUGAUGUUGUUGCAGAGCGAGUUCUUCGGUGGCGCGCUAGCAUCUAUGACAGACGAUUGCGAGCGGUUCCUCUUCCUUCUCAAGGACAGAAUAUCACAGGAUAUGCCUAUAGCAAGGAAAGAAUGCAGCAACGAGUAGAACCAUGGAUUCGGAGGGAGUUGCAGGCUGUCCUUGGUGACUCAGAUCCCUCAAUUAUUGUCCAUCUGGCUACAUUUCUUUGGCUGGCAAGUCUUGAAGAUAAGCUUAAGUCUCCUCAGGAGUGCCUUGGUGUUGAUGAGUUUGUCAAACAAUUGAGGCCUUUCUUGUAUGAUCGGACUGAUAUGUUCUGGCAUGAACUCAGGUGCUUUGCAGAAUGCUCGUAUACCAUGGAAACAUACGACUGUUUGGUUGAAUAUGAACGAUUCAGAGAAUCCCAUCUUGCAGAAGUGUGUAUGUGAAGGGAAAUAUUCAUUUGUUUUGGAUGUAUUGCAAUAAAUAUCCAAAAUCAAAAUCUGGUGAUGUUUAAGCUUUGGAAAAGCCACUUUGAUGCAUGUGGAAUCUCGUUAUAUCUAGCUGCUUUUGGAGAAAUGCCUAGAGAUUCAAAGUGUUCAGCCGAUCUUCAUUACAUGGUGCAAGGAAAGACCUGAUCUGGGGGUUAACAGAAAGUCUGCCGAUCUUCAUUUGAGAGGGGACCUUGAAAGUGCUAACAGUCAACGCCAUCUCUGCUUUGAAGACACAUGAUCUGUAUUUAUUUGGUCGGUAGCCCAUCGGGAUUGGAUCCCUAGUCUCUGUGGAACAAGCCAGUGAGUAUCUGUAAUCGACCUUGGCAAAUAAAGCUCAACAAAUGUAUAUAUUCAAUUUCAAUGAGCAUCCUGCAAGAGUAAAUAAAAUAAUGUAGCAUUUUUACUCUUCUGAAAGAUCAACUUGUGAUGCUUC